UGUUCUAUGUUUAUUACUCAUUAAUAAAAAAACAUAUUUGGGUGAUCGCAGACUAAAAGUAAUUAAAAAUAAUUUGAUCACCACAAUGCUUUCCUUCAAUAUCUCAAGAACCCUCCUCUUUCUUUGCACCCUUUGCUUGCUUGUCCUCUCAAUUGAAAAAGUUAGCUCUGGUAUUCCUAAUUUCUGCUCAAGUACAACCACUAAUACCACUCUUAACAGCACCUAUCAAGCCAAUCUCAAUCUCCUCCUCUCUACACUGUCAAACGCCAGCACAGCCAACAGAUUCUACAACUCUUCAGUCGGCCAUGACCCUCCAAACAUAGCUUACGGCCUCUUCCUUUGUCGCGGUGACACCACCCCCCAGAGAUGCCAAGAUUGUGUGGUCAAUGCAAGGAUAGGGAUGGUACAAAUGUGCCCAAAUGGAGAAAUGGCUCAAGUUUGGGCAGAGAAGUGCUUGAUUCGUUACUCGAACCAAUACAACUUCUCAAGAUCGGAGUAUAAGUGUAACGAACAGAAUGUCACGGAAGUGAAGAGAUUUAGGCAGGUGUUAGGAGAGAUGUUGGAAGACUUGGCCACUCUGGCUGCAAAUGAUCAAUCUGGUAUGAAGUUUGCUACUAAGAAAACCGAAUUCAUGGCACAAGAAGAAUUGUACAGCCUUGCACAAUGCAUGCCGGAUCUAUCUGUUGAUAAUUGCUACGAGUGUCUUCGAGAAGCUACCUCGUAUGUGACAAGCCGCUGUGAGGAAAGGAGAGGUGCAAGAGUUUUGUUUCCAAGCUGUAAUAUUCGCUACGAGUUUUAUCGCUUCUAUAGCAACUUAGGUAGCCGCGCUCCUCCGCCAGGAAAAGAUGGAGUCAGUACAUCAGUAAUAAUUGUUGCUGUUGUUGUUACAAUAAUUGUCAUGGUGAUGCUUUUUUCGAUUGGCUUCUGGUGCAAAAGGAGGAAAGCAAGGAAGAGAGACUAUGUCAUAAGAAAAAAGAAUGUUGCAGGUGAGAUAGAAACUGUGCAGUCCAUGCAAUUUGAUUUGGAAACCAUCAGAGCCGCCACAAAUGACUUUUCUGAUGAUAACAAAGUUGGUGAAGGUGGAUUUGGCGUUGUCUACAAGGGAACACUUCCUUACAAUGGACAAGAGAUAGCUGUGAAAAGGUUAUCUAGAAGUUCCACGCAAGGUGCAAAGGAAUUUAAGAAUGAGGUUGCAUUGGUAGCCAAACUACAGCACAGGAAUCUAGUGAGGCUGUUGGGAUUUUGCUUGGAAGGAGAAGAAAAGAUACUCGUUUACGAAUUCGUUUCAAACAAAAGCCUUGACUACUUUCUAUUUGAUCCGGAAAGAGGAAAACAAUUGGAUUGGCCAACACGAUACAAGAUUAUAGGAGGCAUAGCUAAAGGAAUUCUUUAUCUUCAUGAAGAUUCUCGACUUAGAAUUAUACAUCGUGAUCUAAAGGCUAGCAAUAUACUACUAGAUUUGGAUAUGUAUCCAAAAGUUUCAGAUUUUGGAAUUGCAAGGAUCUUUGGUGUUGAUGAAACUCAAGGGAAGACGACUAAAAUUGCUGGAACAUAUGGUUAUAUGUCUCCAGAGUAUGCAAUGCAUGGGAAAUUCUCCAUAAAGUCGGACGUUUAUAGCUUUGGAGUCUCAAUAUUGGAGAUUAUAAGCGGCAAGAAGAACAGUAAUUUCUUCCAAUCAGACAGUGUUGCUGACGAUCUUCUGAGCUAUACUUGGAAACAUUGGAGAGAAGGGACACCCUUGGCAUUGAUGGAUCCAACUCUGGCAGAUUCUUGUUCAAAGAAUGAAGUCAUUAGAUGCAUCCAUAUUGGCUUAUUGUGUGUUCAAGAAAACGUGGAUGCUAGGCCUUCUAUGGCAUCUAUACUUUUCAUGCUCAACAGUGAGUCGGUUACCCUACCGUUGCCUCAGAAACCUCCACUCAUUGUUCACAGCAGAACAGAGUUGGGCAUUCCAAAUGUGCUUGAGCCGUGGUCUUUGAAUGAAGCAUCAAUUACUGAACUAUGUCCAAGAUAAUGUUAAAAAGUUCAUGCAAUCCGGGAAGGGUAUUUUUGGAAAUGAAAAGAUAGAAUGUUGUGUUUGGGAACUAAACAUAACAAAAAUGUAUUUCUACUGUAAUGGUCUAUCCCCAAUAUGAUAUUGUUGUCUAGGUACAACAUUUGCUAUUUUCACAUGAAAGCUGACCUUAAAUUCAAGUGUAAGAGAAGAAUCAAUAUUACUGUUUUAACAAGCCUUCCUUGUCUUCCGAUU